CGCCGGCGCGCCCCGCUCCCCGCCCUGCGCGGCGGUUCCGGCGCUGCCGCCGCCGGCGGGGGUACUAUGCUCACGCGGGUGAAGUCCGCCGUGGCCAAUUUCAUGGGCGGCAUCAUGGCUGGCAGCGCGGGCGCCGACCACGGCAGCGGCGCGGACUUGCCUCUCCGCUUCCCCUACGGGAGACCCGAGUUCCUGGGACUGUCCCCGGACGAGGUGGAGUGCUCCGCCGACCACAUCGCCCGCCCCAUCCUCAUCCUCAGCAAGGAGACCCGGCGCCUGCCCUGGACCACGGGCUAUGCGGAGGUAAUAAAUGCAGGGAAGAGCACGCACAAUGAAGAUCAAGCCAGCUGUGAAGUCCUCUUUGUCAAGAAGAAAGCGGGAGGUGCUAAUUCUACACCAAACAAGAAUUCUUCAACAAAGCGGAGGUCAUCAUUGCCUAAUGGAGAAGGUCUCCAGCUAAAAGACAAUUCAGACGCAGAUGGGAUCAACCUGUACUACUGGUCCCUGUUUGAUGGACAUGCUGGGUCAGGGGCAGCUGUGGUUGCUUCCAAACUGCUGCAGCACCAUAUCCUGGAGCAGCUGCAGGAGAUUGUGGACAUCCUGAGGAACACAGCUGUCCUACCACCCACCUGCCUGGGAGAGGAACCUGACAACCCGUCUGCCAACACCAGGACGCUGACACGAGCAGCUUCCCUGCGCGGCGGUGUGGGAGCCCCAGGUUCACCCAGCACACCUCCAACACGCUUCUUCACCGAGAAGAAGAUCCCACAUGAGUGCCUGGUUAUUGGGGCCAUAGAAAGUGCUUUCAGGGAAAUGGAUUUGCAAAUAGAACGAGAGAGGACCGUGUAUAAUAUUUCUGGUGGCUGCACAGCCCUCGUAGUGGUUUAUUUAUUGGGGAAGCUUUAUGUGGCAAACGCUGGUGAUAGCAGGGCUAUAAUAAUCCGAAAUGGUGAAGUCAUUCCAAUGUCUGCAGAAUUCACUCCAGAGACUGAACGCCAGCGACUUCAGUAUCUGGCUUACAUGCAGCCCCACUUGCUGGGAAACGAGUUCACGCAUUUAGAGUUUCCACGGAGGGUACAGCGCAAAGAAGUUGGAAAGAGGAUGCUCUACCGUGAUUUCAACAUGACUGGAUGGGCAUACAAAACCAUUGAGGAAGAUGACUUGAAGUUUCCCCUUAUAUAUGGAGAGGGCAAGAAGGCUCGGGUUAUGGCAACAAUUGGAGUGACCCGGGGACUGGGAGACCAUGACCUGAAAGUGCAUGACUCGAAUAUAUACAUCAAACCUUUCCUGUCCUCAUCUCCUGAGGUGAGAGUCUAUGAUCUCCUGCAGUAUGAGCAUGGGCCAGAUGAUGUUCUGAUCCUGGCUACUGAUGGGCUCUGGGAUGUGCUGUUAAAUGAAGAAGUUGCUGAAGCUGUCACUAACUUUCUACCAAACUGUGACCCAGAUGACCCCCACAGGUACACGCUGGUGGCGCAGGACCUUGUGAUGCGAGCCAGGGGAGUGCUGAAGGACCGAGGCUGGCGGAUAUCCAAUGACAGGCUGGGCUCUGGAGACGACAUCUCUGUCUAUGUCAUCCCUUUGAUACAUGGCAACAAACAGUCAUGAAAGUAGCAUCAAGAGUGGUUAUAGGAUGGGGAUCUUUCGGGGAAGGACCUGUAAGAGACAGUAUGGCUUUGGUGACCAGGACAAUUCCAAUUGAUGUAAUCUAUUCAAAACUAAUGCUGGAGGGGUAUUUUUCUGCCCAAAAGUAGGGCUCUGCACAUAUGCUGUAUAUGAUUAAAGAUAACCCUUAAGAUUAUAAUUUCCCUAUAGAAAUGGGUUUGGUGCUUAACAGGAAUGGGAUUAAAAUGCUGCUAGGAUUCUGUCAUCCCUCCAAGUGGGGAAUUUUUUUUCCCUCAGUUUACCAUGUAGCUUGGAAGAGCCAUUUGAGUUGUGAAACUAGAAGUGGGUAUCAGAAGCCAAGGAAGCUCCUGAGAUCUACCCCCAAAUAUUCAGAAGGUGACUUAGGUCACAUCUCAUUUAAAAGUAUCUGUGUAAGCAUCUAUGAGACUCAAGAGUUUUCUUCUUCCAAAAACUUGCAUUCAUGACUUACCUACGGACAGCUUCAAACUUGCAUAAUCCUUCAAACCCUCGUUUUCCUCUCCUGUCUCUUCUUCAGUAGACUGUGCUCCUGUAUUUCAGUAGGAAAACUGAAACUGUUUUAAGUGUGACUAUGCCUGUUUACUGCAGCUAGAAAAGCCACCUGCAAAAUUGUCCAAGUGAAACAGGUCACAGUCCUACGUGGCAAGGUUUGUUCUGGUGUGAGGAGUGACUUGUCAGGAUUCCCUGUUGUGUGUACACCCUGGUUAUACAGAGCAUGCAAGCUCAGCUUUAUGUGAUGGUUAUUUUGGGAUCAGAUUUUUCAUUCAUUGAAUGGUUCUGGCUACUUUAUCCUGUUGAAAGGAUUUCUGACCCACAGCUUUUGCAUCAGUUGGAAUCCAGUGAAUUCAUUUGGGCUCCCGAGGGUAUUUUCAGUUGGAUUCCUACGUGAGGUUGGUGGUAUUGUUCUUAUUAUCAAUUUGGAUACCCAGGUAUUGAUCUAUUUAAAGGCUGUUUUGCGUCUUCUUGCCUAACUUAUUGAGUGUACCUUUGCCUGCUUUACUUGGAGAUCAGAAGGUGGCAGCUAAUAACUUUUUAUCUCCUUGAUAUCGAGGGCUGUAGUCAAGGAUCAGAACAUCACUGUGAUAGAUACAAGCCCUUGGCUUGCUUCAGCAGUUUUUUUCUAAGCAGUGAUGAAUCAGUUUAAAUAAAGAAAGUCUGGGUAAAGCAUUAUCAGGGUGAAAGCCAUAGUCUUAAGAGGGAACAAGUGAGCAUACUUGUAGCUCACCUGCCUGCCUGUUCUUCAAGCAGGCAUCUUACCUCAUUGCCAGAAUUUGACAAAAAGAGAAACCAACAAAAUCAGCAGAGUAUUAGCAUACAGGCAGGCGUAUUGACAGGAGAGGCAAGGUCAACCUAACUUGCCUCCAGACCACAUUCUUCUGUAUCUGUUCAUCCAGUUUGUACUUCUCGAAUAGCCAAAAGACAGAGUUGACAUAGUUGUUGAGCACUGACUAGGCACCUCACAAAUGUUGUGUCCUCUCCAAAAAGAAAGAGGAUGCUGUCCCCUUUGCAGACUUUCUUGUGAACAGGUGUGGCCUUGAGCUUGCUAGUUUUGUGUUUUAUAAUGUGCUACCUACACACUGUGCAGUGUGUGGUAGAGCUGCCCAGAUAGAUGCUUUACUUGACUGCAACACAUGCAACAGCCUCAGUGGAUUUAAACUACCCUUGCUCUGAAUUUCUAGACCCAGUAGGUGUCUCAGGUUAAGAGCAGACAAUGCAGAGUGAGUAACAGCUCAAACAUGCAACAAACUGCAUGAUUUUAGCCUAACAAUGGUUAUAAAAAGCCCCAUAAAUUAAGAAGUGCCUGCAUGUAAUAAAGCUGUGCAGAACAUGGAUACACAGAUGUUUUGUGUUCAAGAGCUUCAGCAUAAAUCAAUGGCAUAUCUGAUUGUGUUGUCAUGCUUUAUCUAUCCUUUCUUUAUUUUUGACCCCACUUAACCUCUUCUUCUCUCUGUGCAGCUGGGUGAAAAGAGAAGUUUAGAGUGUAGAAUAUUUUUCACAUGGCUUCUCAUAUAUUUAAGCAAGAGAUCUUAUCUUGCACUUUUUUUCGCCUAAUAAACGUGUAAACAUGCCAUUCAUGCUCUGCGUAACUGCUGUCGUCUCGUUGCAAAUACAGUUGUGUAGUCCUCCAGCAAUUCAGGUCCUCUUUCACAGAGAAGCUAAUGCUGGCAGUUCCAGCAGAGUCAUUUGAACAGGAAAGCAGCUGGAUCUUGCUGGUACCAGUUACAAGCCUGAGUCAAAUACUUCAGUGCUCAUUGCAUUGUCAGACUUUGUUAUUUGUUAACAUGUUGUCAAGACACAUACCAGUCAUUAUAAACCCACUGAAUACAGUGUAGUGGAACUGAAUUUCUAGUGCAACACAUUUGUCAGCAUUUCAGAGUGAAAAUUCAAGGCAAUGGAAAAUGCACCUUCUCCUUCAGGGGUGUUUUUAAACAUACCCCUGGAGAGAUGGGCUAGCAGAGUUUGUGACGGAAGCAAACCGUCUAGUGACUCCUCACAGCAAACUCUCGUGGGUGCUGGUAUGGCUCUGUGCAAUCAGCCUUCCACUGUGUCUCUUGUUCAUCUGAGGUACCACCAUCAGCCACCCUGCUUCCCUGCAGUGGCUGGGUUCAGGCAGAGCUGUGUUAGUUGCCAGCCCUUCUCCUGGAAGGGGCAGAAGUACAGCACCAACAAUUACUAUCAACUAUCAUCAAUUAAUAAAUGUGAAUAACUGAAGAACAAUAAUCACGUUUAAAAAGCUCUACUCAGAGGUGACUGGAAAUAGACUAUGAUGCUUUUUGGUUUCUCACAAAAUACCUGUCACACAUUUACAUGCUUGCCCCCUCCCUAUCGUGUCUCUGGUACAUCCAAAGUAUGCUGUGUUAGAACUCAGGCUUUCACUUCCAUCUGCUUUCAACAGGAGCCUCUUGCAUGCCCACUGCGGCCUGCUUCAGGGCAUGGUGGAAUUACAUAUACACACCAAUGCUUCAUAUAAAUAGGAGGCAGGAGUGCUUUGUUGGGCAGGUAUUGUGUGAGAAGGAAGCAUAAUUAGAAAUAUUUCCAAUUCCCAUAAUAGGUUGAAUUAUUUUGGGAGCAGCCAGAGUAUUAGAAGCCACUGAUGGCAGAGAGGAGCUGUGCUGCACAGCACCAUGGUUCAGAAUGGCACCGGAUGGAUACUGCCAUGUGCAGCCUUGCAGCUGCCCCAGUGUUCAGUGAAGCUCCUGAGUUAGGAGCAGACACCUUGUCUUCUCAAAUUGCAGCAAGUUAGGCACCAAGUCAAAAGUGUAGGUCCUUGUCACAUUACCAUAGUUACUGCCUGAUUCCAGCAGCACAGUGGGGUUCCCAUAGUAGCCAAGGCUGUUUUAGCCUUAGUGGCAAGAAACCUCUGUCCAGAGGUGUAUUCACAUUGCUACUGCUCUGUGCUGUGUGCUUGCCUAUAUAUAGGCACUGCUCAGAAAGUCAGGCAAGUUGUUGCCCUCUCCUGGGCAAGGGAAAGGAGGUAGUGUGCCCCACAGUUCAGGUUAGCUGACAGUGCAACUUAACGCUGUCUUCUGGUGCCUAGUCCAGUCCAGUUACUAGAAGCUCAAAGCUGAGAAGCUGCUACCAUUCUCCUGUCAAUACUGUUACAGAAGGCAGUAGCCAUUUUGGAUGUUCUUCUCUUGCACUACAACCUAAAAUCUUAAUUCAAUGACUAAGGUAGCUAGAUGUUUCAUUUACACCUCAAGUGAGGCACAGGGUUGUCUUUUGGUACAUUAAGGCAACGAUGCUUCCUUCAUAAGCACAAAAGCAUGUUGCCUGAGAGGGCUGAUGUUCAGUGGCCUCAUUCUGGAGAGAGAGAAAUUGUUUGUUGUUUGGUUUUGUUUCAUAAACAUUAGGGAUAAAAAGCUAAAGGAGAAGCGGUCAGCCUGCUGUUAGCAGUGGAUUUCCAUGUUAAGAUAUGAUGAGUAAGAUCUGUGAGGUAUGGUUGACUCUGUGCCUUCAGGAUAUUUUUGAAGAGCUGUGUUUGAUGUUUGGGCAGUUUUUGGCUUUGAACCUUCUCUAGGCUUUGACAGAACACUACAUACUCUGGGCAAAUCUGCUGUGUUUCUCCCUGCCUCAGUGUUUUGCUUUUAUUUCACAUUCUAUGUACAAGUCGGUUCAACAUUUCUGUAUCAAACAUGACCUGUGUGGCAUUGUUGUUCUCCCAUGACAUUUUUGGUGUGUAGGUUUCCUCCCUGUGUCUUAGAUGAAAAUAUAGCAAUGUGGCUACUGUAGAGAGAGUGACCAAACAAUGUUGUAACUUGUGCUGCUGUAUUUCUACCUGUGAUGUACUUGAAGGAGGAUGCUCUUGUCCACCUCCACUCUCAUUCUUUUACCUGUUCUUUGAACUAUUGCUGGCAGUGUUCUUUCCUAAGUAUCUCAUUUGUGCUUGGAUUUUUUGUUUUUGAAAGCUGCCAUCUUUUUCUUUCCUUCAUUGUCAUCAAAUCAUCUUGUUUUGAGUUCUACAUAGGUUUGAUAUGUCCUGAAGAAUGGAAGACCUGCAGGAGGAAGAUGUUUUGGACCAAUGUACUUCUGCUUUGUGACUGUGAAAUGUUACUCUCUUUUGUAGCCCAAGAACUCAAAAUGUUUAGUAAAGGGAUAUAUUUUGUGUUUUUUGAAACUUUUCAGUGCAAUGACCAAGAGGAGGAUGCUGGAGAGGUGUAUGAGUGAAGUUUUAAAAUAAAAUUUUAAAUUAUCUAUUA